AUGUUAUUAUUACUUUAUGCUCUUCUCGGUGCACUUCUCUUCUUUUGUUUAGAAGCAGAAAAUGAACGUUUAUUAAUUCGAAAAGAAUGGAAUCAAUUAGAGAGAUUGAGGCAACAAACACUUAGAAGAUUAGCUAGAGUAGAGAGGCAUCAUCAAAAAGAAGUUUUGAUACAAUUUGAAAGAGAAUUAGUUAAAAUUAAAUUACCUGAAGCUUUGGGUGAGGGAUUCUGUUUUGAAAUUAAAAUAAUAAUUUUAUAUUUUUUCUUUGAAGCUUGGGACUUUUGGGGUGCUUUAUUUUAUGUCCAAACAGUAUUUACAACUAUAGGUUAUGGGAAUAUAACACCUAGAACUACAGCCGGGCAAGCAUUUUCAAUUUUAUAUGCAAUUGUUGGUAUUCCUUUAGUUUUGGCUUUGUUAAAUCAAACAAGUAGAAGAAUGACUAGAUGGUUAAGUCAGAAAUGGAUAAAUUAUCGACAAAAAGUUAGAAAUCAACAUAAAAAACAAAAAAUAUUAAAUGAAAAUUCUAUAAAUUUACAAAAACAACAAAAAGAAGGGAGAGAGGCUGAAGAAGGUAAAAAGACUGUUGUUGAUUUUAAAAAAGAAGAAAAUGAAUUUCCAGUUAAUACAACUGAAAGCAGAACAAUUCCCGUUUGGAUGGCUUUAAGUUUAGUAGGCGGUUAUGUUUGUGUUAUUGCUGCUAUUUUCCUAGCUUGGGAAAAUCGUUGGUCUUACUUCACUUCUUUUUAUUUUAUUUGUAUUUCUUGUUUAACUAUUGGACUUGGGGAUGUUGUGCCUGAUCACCCUCAUAUGCUUAUUUUAAUGUUUGUUUUUGUUAUUUUUGGUCUUUCAUUUGUUUCAAUGCUUAUUUCUGUUAUUCAAAUAAAAAUGGAAGAAUGGCUAUACAGAAUGCUUAUCAGAAUGCAGAAAGAAUAUCAAAAAGCACUACAAGCAGCAACUGACCCGGAAGAACGUGAAAGAAUACUUGGAGACCUUUUAGCUAAAGAGCCUUGGUAUAUGCGUGAAUUAGCCCCUCUUUGUGUUAGUGAAAAACAAACUGUUAAAUUGGAAAAUUUGGCAGAGCAAUACGAACGUGUUCUUCUCCCCACAAAUACAAGGGGAAUACAAACAGAAUUUAGGCCAACAACAAUAAAAGAAGAAGAAAUUGAAAUAACCGAAGAAGAAGAGGUGGAGGAAAGGAGAAUAAAUGAACAAAAAUUAAAAUCACAAAAUAAAAAUAUUGGGGGUGGUGGUGGAGGUGGACAGUUAAAAAGAACCGACUCUUCCCAAUCAGACAAUUCUGUUUCUGAUGCAACCUCACUUCCAAUGGACCCUUCAAGUAUUACAAUUUCUUCUCCUAUUCCCCCACCUCAAUAUUGUAAAUCUAUACAAACAGAGGAAAUAUUUGAAAAGUUAAAAGACGAAGAAAAGAAAAUAAUACAAAAAGAAAUAGGUGUAAAUACUUUACAAAUUAAAACAAUUUCAAAAGGAACACAAAACAGAAUUGGAACUAAUAAUCAAAGAUUGGAUACUAAAGGAUUAAUUAUUUUUGAAGAAAAAGGAAUUGGGAAUGAAAUAAAUACAAAAUCAAAAUUAGUACAGACUGGAAGAAAAACAAGAAAAGAAGGAAAUAAUGAAGAAGAAGAAGAAGAAGAAGAAGAAGAGGGAAAUGAUGAUAAUGAUUUUUGGUGGUUAGUAGAUAGAAGUUCCCAAAAUUCCCCACCCAUUCUUCACCACUUUGAAUCUCAAACUGAUCCAAUGACCAUUUGUGAUGCAAUUGAAACACUUUUUGGUCCAUCAAUGCAAUUAGAAAGAAGUGAAAGUAUUCAAGUACUUGUAGGGGAUGAUGAAAAUGAGAUGGGGGAAAUGCUUGGGGAAAUAACUAGCAAUCAAGAGAAAAAAGCAGAAAAACAUGAUUUGGUUAUUCAAACAGAUGACAGUUAUUUAAGAAUUGCUCGCCGUUUGGACACUCUUAGAACUGGAAAAUCAGAAACUAAUGUUUUUGCUAAUGUUUAUUGCACGGGUGCUGGAAUACCAAAGAGAGUAAAUACUGGACGGAGAAAAUCUCUUCGAUUUUUAGAGCCUGCUAGUGAUUUUAUGAGGGAAAAGUUUGGAUGGCAUACAAGCAAUAAAACCGAAGAGGAGAAGAAAGAUAAUGAGGAAAGUGAAGAAAAACAAGAGGAAAAAGAACAGGGGACUUAUGAUGAGAAUGUUGAACGUAAAAUAUCUUCACCUACUAAUAGCCAAGAUCAAUUCAAAGUAACAAGAAAAAGGAUAAGAAAACACGUCCAACUGCCGCCUGAAGAGGAGGACAUUAACAAAAAUAAUGAAUGA